GGGAGGCGGUUUAACUGUCAAAAGUGGCCGUCCUCGCGGAGAAGCGGGAGCAGAAAGCCAGUGAGGGAAACCAAGGCAGGCUGGGGGCUGCUGCCUCUCUCAGGGAGGAAAAUAAUAAACAACGCUUUCCAGACUUUUUAAAAAUUUCAUUAAUUAUUGGGAGACUGAUGGUUCGAAUCUUCCAUUAAAAAGAGGACAAUUUUUGCAGAGGCGCUACUUUUACGUGCUUUCUUCAGCAAAGUCACCUUCAGCUCCUACCUGAAACUCCCCAGAAGCCCUCAGAUUGCCCUCCCUUUUAAUGUAGGUGUGCUGUACUUCACAGGGAUAGAUUUUAAACUGCACCCAUGGGACACUGGUGCGAACAGAACACCCAAUCGGAUCAAAAUGAGUCCAGCUUACUCAAUAGCCAGCUUGAGAGAGAGAAUGCAAUAAUUUAUUUAACUUUGGCAUGUUCAUUCCUUUAAUCUCGUGGGCACAGUCAGGAUUUAUGUUGGCGAGGGGCAGGACAUCCACCUGUCAUCUGUCUGGCUCUGUCUAGCAGAUUCGGAACAAAAUGUCUCAAGGACAAGUUGUUUUAAAUUACUUCCUUUUGCCCCCAAGCGCUCCAAAAAAUCUGUCAAAAUCUACAAUUUCUACUUUUAGUUAAGUAUUUGUAUUUUAUUUACUUGAAGGGGGAGGCAGCUAUCUAUCCACCUGGGCAGAUAAAGUAUCAGCAUACAGAUAUUCCAAGUCUGUUACUCCUCUUCUGUUUCUUCACAGGAAGCUUGCUAUAAGUGGCAUUGUUGUCUUCCGAUGCAGCAGUAAUCCUUGGAAGAGAUAAACAACUGGGGUCACAAGAGAUCAAGUGAACAGGCUCAAAAUGGGGAUUUGUGGAAGUGAGAAGAUUGUCAUCCUGUUUGCAGGUGGUAUCUGUGGUGUAUCUCCAAAAGCAGGAUCUCUUCUCGCUGGUGUCUACAUGAUUCUGAUGACCAAUAUGUACCUGAUUUUUGAGGAAGGUCACCUAAAUCGCACCCAAACUCUGUUAAAACAGUAUCAGAUAAAACAUUAUUCAACUGAGUCAAUGUGGAUUGUCCCAUAUUACUAUUACACUGCAAUCGCCUUGGCCAUUAUAACUUAUCCUAUAUGUUUCUACUUCCUCUAUUCCAUCCAGUGGCGAAACACUGUAGGAUUGUUUAUCUACAUUGUUUGGAUCUUCUUCUAUGAUCUAGCCAACAUUGUCCUUGUAGUUCUAACAGCAAACUCACUUCCUUUUUCAAUAAGUGACUUGGAAUGGUUUGGAUUGGCCACCAGAAUCCCCACAGACUGCUUUUGGCUUCUCUUUAUCAUAACUUAUUUUCUGAUGAUUAUUGAAGGCAGAAGCACAGGGAGGAUGUCACUGAAGACAAGGCGGAUAUCAAGACGUGUGUCAGAGCCUCCCAGGUUUAGGCUGGGUAUCAAUGCUAGGAGAGUUCAAUAAGAGUUGUCAGGAAAUUUGUGCAAACUAGCAGGCUUGCAAUGCUUGGGACCUAGCAAGAUGAGUCCAGUUCACCAACCUUGUAUUGCUGGCCACUGGGAGCUUUAAAAGCCUAUGGUUAUUUGUUGCCUGCCUGGAACUGCGAGAACAGAGGGAUUGUCAACCAUUCAACAGGGCCGCAAAGCAUGGGUUUGUCUUGCCAGAGUUGCAAAUCUGAUGUAUAAAUUCAUGCAUUCAAAGUGGUGCUGCAUGUGGUUUGACUUUUGUAUUUUAAAUUAUUAUUACCUUAUUGGAUUGACGAUAUCCUUAAUAAACAUAUAUUUCCUCUCCAUUGUAUUUUGGAUUAUCCCCCCCCCCCAAUCUUGUUUUGCAUGAUUGAGUUAUGAAGACAUGAGAACUGUAUCAUCAGAAUAUUUGGGCAAGGCAAUAGUUUCCUUUCAAACCCCUAUAAUCACAAUGAUAUGCCUGUGGAAAACUGGGAUCAUGAAAUUCCGUGGAAAAGCUGAUGUCUCUAACAACAUAUGUGCUUGUUACAGGUAGG